AAGUUUCAAACUCUUGACCCUCUCUCUACAUUGCCUUGCGUUUACCUUCUCAAUCCGAUCGAAAUCUUCGCAUGAUUUUGAUCGGAGAAACGCAGGAAUGGAUCCUGAUACUCAAGAGCAGCAGCGAAACAUACAUGGCGUAGUCAUAAUCACUCUCCCGCCUUCCGACGAUCCUUCCAAAGGCAAGACCAUCACUGCUUUCACUCUCACUGACGACUAUUACCCACCGCAAAAUCCGCCGGAGAACGAGGCAAACCGGAGGCUUGAACCCGACCCACUUCACCAGAACCCGCAAUCUCGCAGCGGGUUGUCGGAUCUCUCUCUGGGUUCUGCGAGAUGGGUGUUGGGACUUCUGGGUAUCUCCCUCCUCGCUGUUGUUGUCUAUUGCUCUGUUUUCUCCGACACUGUUAUGAUGUUUAGGGUUUCUGAGGAACGAGAUGGUGAGGAAGGUCUCCGGGAAACGACGUCGUUUGUUUUCCCUGUGUAUCACAAACUGGGUGCUCGGCGAAUUCCGGAUCGGAACUUAUCGGAGAGGAUCGAGGAGGUUGUGGGUGUGGAGAAGGGAAAUUCCGUUGAAGUGAUCGAUCAAGAGAUGGUCAACCCUGAAAAGGUCAACGGAAUCGUUUCUGUUACUGUAGACUCUUCCACCAUUUUUCCUGUCAGCGGAAAUGUAUAUCCGGAUGGCCUCUAUUACACACGUGUCCUUGUUGGAAAUAGACAGGAUGGGAACUACUUUCAUCUUGAUGUUGAUACUGGAAGUGACUUGACAUGGAUCCAAUGUGAUGCUCCUUGUACCAGUUGCGCUAAGGGAGCAAAUCCACUUUACAAGCCAAGGAAAGAUAAGAUAGUGAGCUCUAUGGAUUCCUUGUGCGUAGAAAUCCAGAGAAAUCAUAUGACACAAGGUCAUGAAACUGGUCAUCAAUGUGACUACGAGAUAGAGUAUGCCGAUCACAGUUCUUCAAUGGGUGUUCUCACCGCCGAUGAGCUUCAUCUCAAACUUCAGAACGGGUCCCUUGCCAAAUUGGAUUUAGUUUUCGGGUGUGGAUAUGAUCAGCAAGGCCUACUAUUGAACACUCUGCUGAAGACAGAUGGAAUUCUCGGGCUAAGCAGAGCUAAAAUUAGCUUACCUUCUCAACUUGCAAGACGAGGAAUAAUCAAGAAUGUGAUCGGUCAUUGCCUUGCCCCUGAUUUAAACGAUGAAGGAUAUAUCUUUAUGGGCAGUGAUUUGGUUCCACAGCGUGGAAUGACAUGGGUCCCAAUGCUUCACCAUCCUCGACUUGAAGUUUAUCAUACAGAAGUUACAAAAAUGAGCUAUGGAAGUUCUGUGCUUAGCUUAGAUGGGCAAAAUAGCAGAGUGGGGAAAGUUGUGUUCGAUACAGGAAGCUCCUAUACAUAUUUUCCUGAUCGGACUUACUCCGAGUUGAUCACUUCUCUUGAAGAAGUUCCCGAGUUAGGAUUAAUGCUUGACGAAUCAGAUACAACGCUGCCCAUCUGUUGGCGAGCUAAUUUUCCAAUUGGAUCGGUGUCGGAUGUUAAGCAGUACUUUAGACCGAUAACCCUUCAGCUCGGGAGCAAAUGGUGGAUCAUAUCGAGAAACCUUCAGAUUCAACCAGAGGACUACUUGAUCAUCAGCAGCAAAGGGAAUGUCUGCUUGGGAAUACUUGAUGGGAGCAGUGUUCAUGGCGGCACUUCCAUAGUUCUUGGAGACAUAUCUCUGCGCGGACAGUUGAUGGUUUACGACAAUGAGAAGCGGAGAAUCGGAUGGAAGAGAUCAGAUUGUGUCCGACCUCAUGAAUUCAGCCCCUUUCCAUUUUUCGAUGGCUGAAGAUUGAUCGUCUUCAAUAUAUAUACUAGUGUAUGUAUAGGUGUGUAAUUUCUUGUAUAGAGCUAUAAGAACGAAUUAGUAUCAUAUAUAUAUAUAGAUUGUAUGUAUAGGUGUGUAAUUUCGGGUCGGUGUUCUACUGACCAUUGACUCUCUAGACCAAUACAUCUUUUCAUUCAGUCUCA